AUGGCAGAACGAAAAGCAACCAACAAGUACAUUCCUCCCGAUUUUGACCCAAAAAAACACUCCUCCGUCAACAAGUAUCGAAAUUCUCACCCACUCCGAAAACGAGCGAGUAAAUUAAAAACAGAAGGAUCCCUCGUGAUCCGAUUUGAAUUGCCCUAUGAUGGAAUUUGUACAAAUUGUGAAACCAAUAUUGCUCGGAGUACACGAUUUAAUGCCAGAAAAUAUCAAAAAGAUGGUGAAUCCUAUUUAUCAACUCCAAUUUAUACCUUUGAAAUGAAAUGUUAUGAGUGUUCGGGAAAGAUUGUCAUUAAAACAGAUCCACAACAUGCGACCUAUGUUUGCGAGCAAGGUUUGAAAUGGAAAACUCAACCAUUGCUCAACGUUCAAGCUUCAUCAUCAUUGUCUGGCGAUUCCAAUACAACAACUAUUGAUGAACAACAAGAAAUGUACAUUAUAGGUGAUGAAGAUUUUGCUAAUAAGGAUGCCAUGGACAAAAUGCAGCAUGAACAGGAGGAUUUGGAAAAGUCAGAACAUGCAAUUCCUAUUUUACAAUCCAUCAUCAAAAUGAAUCAAAUUCGAAGUGGUAAUGAUUUUGAAUGUAAUUUAAGGUUAAGAAAUGCUCAUCGUAAAUUGAGACAAAGCGAGAAGAAGGCUUGUGAGGAACUUUCCAAACGAGUUGGUGCAUUCUAUGUGAAUGAAAACACACUGAAAAGUGUACUGCCCGAAGAGUCGUUGGAAGAUGGCAUCAUUGCCAAGCAAGAAAUUUCAUCUCGCCAUGUGAACAAGAGUAACACAUUACAAGGAAGAAAUGCACAAGAUGACUCAAUAUUUAGCACCAGGAGCAGUAACAGUCCUGUCCAUCAUCACAAUUCAACCAUGAAAUCCAUGUUGAAACGAAUCCAUCAACCUGGUGUCGUUCAGUCGUUGGCACAGGAGCUGAAAAAGCGAAAAUACAAUAGUCAUGCAACCAGUGGUCAUGCCGAAAAUGACGACCACUCGUCGAAUCAUCAAGCGCCGCUGGACCUCAAUGUUCAAAUGCCACCCAAGUCCAAAAGGAAUCAUUCACAACAACAACAGCAAAAUAUUGCUCUAUCUGGUUUGCGAAAUAUGUACGCCUCUGACUCAGAUUAG